AUAGAUUACUCAUUCGCCAACAUGAGGGGGAUCAUCUUAGCGCUGCUGCUUGCUGUGGCAGUGAGCGAAAAAUCAUCAUAUGCCCCAAAUUUCAGCGAAAACAAGAACUAUCUAUUCAAGUAUGAAGCACUUGUCCUGAAUGCGGUUCCUGGUCAUAAUUUAAACCAGGCUGGUAUUAAACUGAACGGUAUAGUGGAAAUCAGUGGAUUUGCCCAAAAGACCUAUUUACUAAAGAUCCAAUCUCCUGAAAUAAAAGAGUUGAAUGGCGUGUGGCCAAGAGAUCCAUACGUUCGAUCAUCAAAACUCACCCAAGUUAUUGUUGAGCAGCUCAGAAAACGUGUCAAGUUUGAAUACCACAAUGGACAGGUUGGAGAUAUCUUUGCUCCACCUGAUGUUUCAGAUACUGUACUCAACAUUUACAGAGGAAUCCUGCAUCUGCUUCACAUGAACAUAAAGGAAACACGCAAUGUUUAUGACCUUCAAGAGAAUGGACUUGGUGGAGUUUGUCACACCGUGUAUGACGUCCAAGUAGAAAAGAAGUCCAAAAAUAUAUUUGUUUCUAAAUCAAGAGACCUUGAAAAAUGUCAGGACAAAGUAGAGAAAAGCAUUGGAAUAGCAUACUUGGAACCAUGUACAGUUUGUCAGCAGAAAUCCAAGCACUUACGGGGAACUGCCGUAUUUAACUACAAACUCACAAAACAUGAUGAUGGUCUUCUCAUUCGUGAAGCAACGGGCAAGCAAAUCUACCGGUACGCGCCAUUAUUUGAGCUUUAUGGAGCUGCUGUCAUGGAAGCAAGGCAAGUGCUCAGCUUCUUGGAAACAAGAUCCAAUAAAAUCAUAGAGCCACCUCAGCAACUAGUAAAUCGCGGGGGUAUAAGAUAUAGGUUUUCUGCAGAAUUACAUCAGAUGGCUACUCACUUAAUAAAGGCAAAGAACGUGGAGUCCCAGAUAGAUACUACUCUCCAACACCUGGUUCAGAAUAACCAGCAGCAAGUCCAAAUUGAGGCCCCGGCCAAGUACCUCCAGCUCAUCCAGCAACUCCGCUUAGUGAAUAUGGAAACCCUCCUGUCCAUCUGGAAACAGUUCUCCAAACGAGCUAUGUACAGACCUUGGCUACUGAGUGCCAUCCCAGCAAUAGGAACCAUAGAUGCUAUGAAGGCAAUUGAACAGAUGAUCCAUUCGAAAGACUUAAGUGUGAAUGAAGUGAAGGCAGUCCUCACACUGGCUGCUCAGUACAUGAAGAGCAAUCAACACAUCCUGCAGAUUUUCGCUGAUUUGCUGUCGGAAUUCAAAGUUCACAAUUCCCACGACCUGCUCAAGGUCGGCUUUUUGGCCUAUGGAACCUUAAUCAAGAAAUUCUGCUCUUUAAUACCAAUCUGCCCCGAGAACGUGCUGCAGCCACUUCACGAUUUAGCGAUAGAUGCAGGGAACAAAGCCCGUACCGAGGAUAUUACUUUGGCACUGAAAGCUCUGGGAAACGCAGGACAGCCGGCGAGCAUCAAGCGGAUCCUUAAAUUCCUGCCUGGAUUUUCUGCAAGUGCGGCCCAUCUCCCAAUCCAGAAUCAGGUUGAAGCUGUGAUGGCUGUUAGGAACAUCGCAAAACGUUACCCACAAAAAAUUCAAGAAAUUCUGCUCCAACUAUUUACGGAUCGCAGAAAUCCUACAGAGGUCCGAAUGAUGUCGUGCAUUGCUCUGUUUGAGACUAAUCCAUCAUUGCCGACAGUUACCACAGUGGCAAAUACCAUACUAAGAGAGAGCCAAGAGAAUAUGCAACUGGCCAGCUUUACGUACUCUCAUUUAAAGAGUCUGGCUAAGAGUGUUCUCCCAGGUCUUCGCGAUCUUGCUGCGUCAUGUAACAUUGCCUUAAACAUCUUAAACCCAGUCCUGGACAAACUGAACAUGCGUUACAGCAAAGCAUUCCAUGUAGGCACAUUCAACUAUCCUCUGAUGUCUGGAGCUUCGGCCAACGUCUACCUGAUUAAUGGGCCCAGGACAACUUUCCCUGAAUACAUCCUUGUCAAAGUGCGUGGUCACACAAUGGGCAUGGAAAUGGAUGUUUUAGAGGUCGGCAUCAGAGCAGAGGGGCUCCAGGAGGUUCUUCGAAGGCAAAAUGUUAACUUCAAAGUGUUUUCCUGGAAAAACGUGAUUAUAAAGAUUAUUAAAGAGCUGCUCGGGCACAAACUGGUGGCAUCAGAUGUUCCUCUGGCCUCCUUUUAUACCAAGAUGCUUGGUCAGGAGGUUCACUACAGUGAAGCUACCAGAGAAACCAUUCAGAAUGUGUUUAAGAUGCUGAAUGAGCCAGCACGAAAUCUCUCUUGGCUGGAGCAUCUCAUUCACCAAAUCAUCAACGGAAUAAUAGGAAAGUGGCCUGUCCCCAUCCUGGUUGCUGAGGUUCGCCACAUUGUCCCAACCUGUGUGGGUCUUCCCUUCGAAGUCAGCGUACAUUCUGCUGCCGUUGCCAAUGCCGCCCUGGAAGCUAAGGCCCAAGUGGCACCAACUCCAUCGACCAAAUUAAGCAUUGCUCAGUUGUUGCAAUCCGUAAUGCAGAUUGCUGUAGACUUCGCCCCGAGUGUUUCUGUUCAUAGCAUUGCUACUAUGGGAGUGAAUACACCUUUAAUUCAGUCGGGGCUUGAGCAUCACGCUAAGCUUCAAACAUCCCUUCCUGCAAAAUUCGUAGCCAAAAUCAACAUGAAAGAGAAAAAUCUAAAGAUUGAAACUACUCCCUUACAGCAGGAUCAUGAUAUGGUUGUGGCAAGGUCUAAUGUAAUAGCUGUUUCGAGAAAUGUUGAGGAGUUGGAUGCUGUGAAGAAGACAUCAGUUAUACCAGACAGAGCUGUCGUAGAUAUUGUAAAGACUCACUUCCAGAGACAUGACAGGAGUUCAGUCGAGGACCACAGCAAGGGGGUUUCUGAAGAAAUUGUAUCCAAAGCCAAUCUUGCAACUGUGACACAACCCGAGUCCACCAUGCCUUUGCAGCUAUUCUGUAUAAAAGUUGGCCCAGUUAAAUUUUGUACUGGCAAUAAAAAAACAAAAUCUUCUCCUAAGAGACGCCACAUAUUGUACCAAGUGUCUGAGGGGCAUGAAGCUACUCUUGCAGCGAGUAAAGUUGCCUAUUUGUACCAGGCAGUUGGAGAUCACGAAUUUCAGAUCAAAGUGAAACCCAAUCAAGUUGAUCCAGCCAUUGAGAAACUGCAGCUGGAAGUAACAGCUGGACCCAAUGCUGCUUCUAAAAUCAUUGCUCUGGUAGAAGAAGACAAUGAAGACGUGGAGCAGCUGGACGAGUCUGUGAUCCAGAAGAGACUGAAAACUUUCCUUGGAAUUGAUGAAUAUUUGGCCAAAAAUGAAAGUUUACAUCGGAGGUGGUCCAAGAGGUAUCCGAAAAGUAAGGUUCAUAAACCAAAAUAUAGAAGAAGUUCUCCUAGUUCAUCCAGCUCUUCAUCCAGUCAGUCAUCUCAGUCUUCAUCAGAAAGUCAGCAGCGUUCACAUCAGCAGCACAAGAAACAGGAAGCACAUCAAGGCACUCAAAGGCGAGAACAUAUUGCUAAAGUUGGUGGCAGGCAAAACCACAGCUCCAGCUCCAGUUCCAGCUCCAGUUCCAGGGGAAGCAGAAGCUCCAGCAGCAGCAGAGGCAGCAGACCCAGCAGCUCCAGCAGCAGCAGUAGUCAGAGGAGCAGCUCCAGUAGUGGCAGUGGAAGAAGCAGCAGCUCCAGCUCUAGCUCCAGCUCCAGCAACAGGCAAGGUUAUCAAAACUCCAGACAGCAGAGUCGCAGACAUCCUCAACAGAGGAGCCAAGAAAACUCCAGACAGAAACAACACGAUCGUUCUCAACAGAGACACCGCAACAGCAGAAACACCGACCUUGAACAGAUGGAAGUUUAUCAGUUGCGAUUCAGGCCCUCACGGAUCGUGCAUGGGAUACAUGGCAUUAAGCGGGUGGCCGGGAAGGUGCGCUCCAUUAUUGGCCAUUCCCGCUAUACAUCUUCGUCAUCCAGCAGCAGCAGCAGCAGCAGUUCCUCAUCUCGAAGAUCUGCCCGCAACAGAGGAUUCCUUGGCGAUAAGAAAUCUCCAUGUCUGGUGGUUACUGCCCAGGCUUUGAGAAACGACAAGAAAAAGCAAGGCUACCAACUGAUUGCAUUCACAGAUUAUUACUCCUCCAGACCCCAGGUUCAGGCCUACGUAGUGGACAUCGCUGGACAGAGCCGCUACAGAGUCUGUGCCGACGUUCGCAUGGAAAGCCCUCAUGCAGCUCGGGCUGACGUGAAAUGGGGUCCCAACUGCCAGCAAUACAAGGUGUCUCUCAAGACAGAGGCAGGACGGCUUGGAAAUCAAGCAGCAAUAAGUACAAAAAUGCAGUGGAAUCAAGUUUCUUCAAAACUGAAAGCACUCAUCAAAAUGAUUUACAAGUACCUGCCUGGCGUGGCCUACAUGCUUGGCGCAUAUGAAAGUAACCAGAAGAAUCCAUCCCGGGAGGCGAGGAUGAUCUUUUCUCUCUCUGAUCCCAGGACAGUAAAUGCUCUUCUACGCAUUCCAGGGAGCACUCUCUACUACCCAGGCAUCGAAAUCCCAGUACCAAUCAGUGCCGCCUAUAACCCAGCACCCUCAGCCGUCCAUCUCCCCAACAUGAAUUUCUUCUCAGAUUUCCACAGCUCACUGACACAAGCUAUGCAAGGCCAGUGCAGCAUAACUAAUGACCAAGUCACCACUUUCAAUGGAAAUUAUCUUAAUAUUACCAAGACCGGACAAUGCUUCCAAGUCGCGGCCGCGGACUGCACCAGCGAAGCCAAGUUUAUGUUCCUGACAAAGAGUUCUGCCAAGACUCCAGAAUCUCACGAUGUUAAUGUCAAAGUUGGAAAUUUUGAAAUUGAAAUGUUGGACGCUGAACAUCUCCAGCUUGUGGUUAACAAAGCCGAAAUCACCAAGGAUAAACUUCCCUAUGAGAUCAGCUCCGAUCCACUUAUCAAGAUCAGUGAGGAAGAAGGGGCCUAUGUUCUCAUCGCCCCAGACUUUGGCAUUGAGAGACUUUACUAUGGUGGAAAGACCAGUCAGAUUCACACAGCAAUGUGGAUGCGCGGUAAGACUUGUGGAAUGUGUGGACUCCAUGAUGGGGAGACAGAGCGGGAAUACCAGAGGCCAGACGGUUCACUCGCCACAGAUGUCCACAGUUUUAGUGAUUCAUGGACUCUCCUCGAUGAUACUUGCACAGGAGCGUGUAAAAUGGAGCGAGCGACUGUGACAUUGGAAAAGGAAGCGUGGGAGUCGACAUGUUACUCUGUGCACCCAGUACUGCGCUGUGCUAAAGGAUGCGCCCCAAGGAGCGUGACCCCGGUGGCCAUUGGCUUCAGCUGUGUGGCUGCAGGUGAACCUAGAGAUGAGCAAGCCAUCGUAGACCAAUCUAUAGAUCUGUUUGAGACAGUAGAUGCCCACGCAGCCUGCUCCUGAGCACCCGAAAGACGCCAGCAUGAUAUGAACAUGCCGCUGGAGACUACACACUUAUUAUCUAUGCAGAAUAUAGAAAAGAGAAAGUCUGUUAAAAUAAAUAAACUCUCAGAAUGCAUUGUCUGCUGUAAACUUUGAUUCAAUAAAUAUUUG